AAACCCUAGCGUUCGCUCACAGCCGUCGAUCUUUACCUUCGUUAACUUCACUAUUUAGGGUUUAUAUCUGGGGCUCCGUUGUACCUUUCUGUUUGUCUCUCCCUCGUUCCUCCCUUCUCUGUUUCUGAGAUCGAGCUUCAACAAUGGUUUUUGUAAAGGCUCAGAAAUCAAAAGCAUACUUUAAGCGAUUUCAAGUCAAGUAUAAGAGAAGGAGAGAGGGAAAGACCGACUACCGGGCCAGAAUCCGUCUUAUUAAUCAGGACAAGAACAAGUAUAACACUCCAAAAUAUCGCUUUGUUGUUCGAUUUACAAACAAGGACAUUACUGCACAAAUAAUAUCAGCUAGUAUUGCUGGUGAUAUGGUUCUUGCUGCUGCUUAUUCUCACGAGUUGCCUCAUUAUGGGCUUGAAGUGGGCCUCACAAACUAUGCUGCAGCGUAUUGCACUGGGCUUCUCCUUGCUCGUCGUGUCUUGAAAAUGCUUGAAAUGGACGAAGAAUAUGAAGGCAAUGUUGAGGCUACUGGGGAGGAUUUCUCUGUUGAGCCAGCUGAGACCAGGAGACCUUUUCGUGCUCUUCUUGAUGUUGGACUUGUCAGGACUACCACUGGAAAUCGUGUCUUUGGUGCUCUUAAGGGAGCACUUGAUGGUGGCUUGGAUGUUCCUCACAGUGACAAGAGGUUUGCUGGGUUUUCAAAGGACGAUAAGGAGCUUGAUGCCGAGGUUCACCGCAAGUAUAUCUAUGGUGGUCAUGUUGCUGCAUACAUGAGGACUUUGAUUGAGGAUGAGCCAGAGAAGUAUCAAUCUCAAUUCAGUGACUACAUCAAGAAAGGAAUUGACCCUGACAACGUGGAGGAGCUGUACAAGAAGGUCCAUGCAGCUAUUCGUGCUGACCCCACCAUAAAGAAGACUGAGAAGCAGCAGCCUAAGGAGCACAAGAGGUACAACUUGAAGAAACUUACAUAUGAGGAAAGAAAGGCCAAGUUGAUUGAACGAUUGGAAGCCCUAAACUCAGCGGCUGACGCUGAUGAUGACAAUGAGUGAAGCUGGUUGGCCACGCUACGAUAACCUUGGUUGCUGUCUAGCUGAAAAUCACCACCCGGCAUUUGCAGUUUCGUUUGGGGUUAUGUUUUAUAGCUCUUUUCUUUUUAUGUUGAAAUUUUGGCAACUGAGAGACCAUCAGUAUUUAGAUUGUAAGAAGGUUUUGGAGUUUCACUUGAUAUCAAGUGCACUUUCAAUUUUGACUGCAGUUCAUGUUGAUGAUGACUGGUUCCUUCAUCUAAUGAUGGAUUCCCUGAGAAUUAUUUGGAAUUUCUUGUAUGAAUUAUUUGGUCUCCUUUUUAAUUCAAAAUGUAAGGAUCCCAAGCUAUCCCAAA